AUGAGGAGGACGAGCUCUCGGGCUCCUCCUGCCGUCCCACGCCCACCUGCCUGCCUGCUGGAGCCCUGCUUCUGCCAGUACAAGGUCCAAAACCGCCCUGUGCUGCGCCGCCUGUUCCUCGGGGUCGACAAUCGCUUCAUCGCCUCGACUUGCUUCCUUCAUCUCUCGAACCGGCUGACGGUCGCAGCUCGUCGUCUCGUCGUCGUAGGCCUCGGCAACUACACGCACCCGCUCACACGCCACUCGGUCGGCCACGUCCUCCUCAAGAAUCUCGCCAAGCGCGCCGCCGCCAGCCCGUCUCGCCUUUCCGGCUCGGCGACGCUCCUCUCGACCAAAUACGGGCGCCACACGAGCUGGACAUCGCGCAUCCUCCUCGCCGCUCCGCCGUCCGCCGCCGACCAGACCCCGCUCGAGGUCCUGUUCGUCCUCCCGCGAGCCCUCAUGAACGUCUCCGGGCCCGCCGCCGCCGCCGCGUUUGACGGCUUCCUCCCACCUGUCGCCGCUCCCUCUCGACCUGCCGUCCCGCCAGACGUCGGCGUCGACCCCGAGACGCCACCGCGACCGCGCAAGAAGCCGCCAGCCGCCCCCGUCAAGCCCAUGCUCCGCCUCGUCUCCCUCCAGGACGACCUCGACCUCGCACCAUCGGCCGCCAAGUACCAGCGCGGCGGCGGGCCUCGAGGGCACAACGGCGUGCGCUCCCUCUCGAGCGCGAUCAAGGGCUCUCGCGACUUUCACCGCCUGUGGGUCGGGAUCGGGCGCCCGGACGAGCGCAGCGAGGUUGCGAGCUACGUCUUGCGGCCACUGUCGCGGGACGAGGUGCGGGCGUGCGGGUACGACGAGGACGAGCGCGCGAGCGGGCCGGUCCUUGAGCGGGCAUGGCAGGAGGUGCUCAGGAUCGGGUUCGAGGACGAGUAG